UUCCAACACAUAGACUCUAGCACAACAGGUGUCUGCACAGCAAGGUGCUCUCGGGUUAUUGUUUUGUGUCUUUCCCUUUUUCAGGUUAAUACAAGGGGCAUUUAGACAACAGCGGAAGAUACCUAUAUAAUUACGAGCCUUCCCAGUUUACCACUUGUGUUGCCUAUCUUUUGGUUGUGCAGCUCUGUCCGCCUUGAUUGAAACACUGAUCUUCCCAAAAUCUCCGCAGCCUGUCGAGUUUCCCUAGCUAGUUUUUGCAUCACCUGAGUAUAUACACUCAGUGUUGAAACGAAAAGUCGACCCACCACACAACCUUUCCUUGCCCUCCAGCUUUCUCCUACCAGAAAAUGGUUGAGCACCACAAUUCUGGAGGUGGCGGGCGAUAUUACAAAGAUGAGACUUCCAGGAGAUCACGAAAGUACUACUCGUCUCCUCAUAAUUACAGCACAUACUCCUCUUAUACAUCGAAUCCGAAUCCUUUCCCACCCUCUUCCAAUUCCCCACAAGCGCAGCAGCAACACUCUCAGUCACAAUCUUCACAAUCAAAUCCGUUUUCCUCACGAAGAAAUGACGGUUCAAACCCUUCAACUAACCCCGAAGCACAGCAACCUCAGACUUUUAAUUCACCCACUUCUGCUUCUAGCUCCCCCUCCUCAUAUUCUUCAAGGACACAGACUACCUCGACUGGAAACUGGUACCAUACAUCACAGCCCAAGAGAACAAAUACCUAUCGGACCAAUCGACCCCCGAUCUCCAUUUUGUCAGCCUCGGGUCAGAGCAGAAGAAGUGUGCCCGGGUCUUAUAGAGAGGACUUAAUGCCGCAACAAACUUCCAGAUAUGCAGAUUACAAUGGUUACAUGGAGUCGUAUCAGCAUGAUCAUUAUUUGAAUGGUCCAGCGCAUAAGAAAUCAGGGUUCAGUAAAUCAAAAUACAAUGGUCAAUUUACGAACUAUCCAAAAGGUAGCAAUGGGAGCAGUAUAGAGUAUAGAGAGUUCCAAUCUUAUCGGCAGAAUCACAACGGCUCACUGUCAGGCAAGCAGUCCCUCAUGGACUCGAAGACCCCCGUAAUAGGCACUAAUAAUUAUAAAACGGAAAAGAGCAGUAGCCAGGAACCACCGCGUACCGAUUCUGAGGAUCAUGAUAUUUCUGAUGUGGCAGACGUUUCAGAAAAAUACACGGAAAGCAGUAUAGAGAAGUCAACAAGCUUUAUUGCCAAUAAUGAGCCGCAAAACGAAGAUCAACAUAAAGCUGUGGACAAAGAGGAUAAAACUGAUGCUUUAGAUGAGGUAGACAUGGACGCUGACAAUAAUGAAGAGAAAAUAGCUGAAAUCAAAGUCGAAAGUAUCAGCAAGGUUAAUGAUGAAACUGUUGCUAGUAUGGCUGAUAAGCCAGCUACUUUGUCGUCCGAUUUUGAUAAUGGUUUUGAUAAAAAAACACUUAAUGACAAAGAAAGAACACCAGAGACAUCUGUUAAAAAUAUUGGCACUCCUGAAUCAGCAAUGAUAGAUGCCGAACAUACUGUUAAAGAUGUUCAGCCUGAAGCAAUAGAGGAUGUUUUUCCUUCUGAAGAAAAAGACACACACUCAUCCGCACAUAGUGCAAUAAAAAACAAUGAUUCGCAAAUUGACUUUUUUAGUAGUUCGGGAGAGAGAAACAUCGGUAACACAAAAGCUGAAGAUGCGGAUAGGAAUCAAGCUAAUUAUGUUCGAAAGGCAGAUGAAUCAAGUGAUGAUGAGCAUGCAAAAUGUGAAGGAUGCAUUUUUCCAAUGCUUGAAAAUCAGUAUAGAGCUUGGGAGUUGAAACACAGACCAAAGUCUGAAAGAAGAAAAAAUCUCAAGUAUCUGAACAGGUCAAAAUUGAAAAGUCUAUCCCAGUACAAUUUCUUGGAUAAGGCUUUUUUGAUAUUUAAGCAAGCUGAUGCCUUCAUACUCUUCGACAUGUUAAAGGAAAAUGCAGCUUUGAUUGAAGAUAAAAAGGCCAAACUCACGGAGCAUUACGUAUAUUCCAAAUUUCUCUGGCAAAAGGACGUUGCUUUUUACGAUAAGCAACUGGAAAAAGCAUACGAAUCUGAAAAUGAUGUCACCAAGAAACCCAAAAUUGAGGAGCAAACCUCCUCAAAAACUACUAGCUCUCGUCGAAGUAGACACCAUGGUGAUUCUGUUCGGACAGAAGCUGAAUUCAUGGAAAUUUUGGCGUCUUUGGAACAAGAAAGGGAAAGAGAUCCGCUAAUCAGGGCACAAUAUGGUGCGGCAAUAAUUCCUGAUAUGAUUUUGGAUCCUAUUGAGAAAUAUGCCUUGACUAGAAAAAUGGAUUCCAACAAUUUAGUCAGAAAUAAGAGCGCUUGGGCCCAACGUAUAUUAACUGAUCCUGUUGAUACCUUUACUGAUGCGGAGCAUGCUAAAUUUUGUGAUCUUUACACCUUGUAUCCCAAGAAAUUUGGCCGCAUUUCCCAUGACAUGGGUGGUUUGCGGAGUUCUGAGGAAUGUGUUUUACACUACUACAAAACAAAAAAGACCACCAAUUAUAAACAGCUGGUUGCUAAUAAAAACAAAAAGUCGAAGAAAAAAUCUGCGAAGAAGAAAAAAGAUUCCAAAACAAAGGGUGAUGCAGCAACACCUGAUACAUCAAAUGUUGAGAAUGAUGUCUCCAUGGAUAAUUCAAAGAGUCCAGAUACUACUAAUAUCAUAGGGGUUCAAGUGCAGGACACCGAUUUACCAAAAGACGAAGUUAUCAAAAGGAAACUAGAAGAUGUCGAAUUUCCGGAAACCAAGCAUAGGAAACUUUUGGAAACCAGCAAUCCACUAGCACCAUCUUCAAAUGAGAACGUUCUGUUAGACGAUAGCAAACCUGACCAGCUUUCAAAUGGUGAAUCAGAAGUAAAACUUGAGGAUCAGUCCAAUGCAGAUAUUUCGAGUACUUUGAGUCACGUAAGUUAUGUUAAUGAAUCUUUGGAAGAUCAUCCUAAAGUUGAAAAUGUUUCGGAUCAUGUCCCGCUUAAUAUCGAUGAAUCUGUUGGAAAAAACAAGAAACACAAAAAGAAGGACGAAGAAAAGUCUCAUAUUUCUAGUUACUGGAGUGUUCAUGAUAUAAACAAUUUUCCAUUACUCUUGGAAAAAUUCGGAUCAAGGUGGGAAGACAUUGCUGAGGAGCUUGGAACCAAAUCAGCCACAAUGGUGAAAAACUACUAUCAAAGAGGAUUGGUUGAGCAUCCUGAUUGGCAGUCUUUCCUUGCGAUCAACAGACCUUCACAAAAUAACGUGCACCCUAUCGAUAGCAAUGACUAUAAUGCAUUACAAACUGAACAGCAAAGACGUCCUUCAAUGGGAUAUUUUUAUAAACCAGCCACAUCCUAUGCUACAAACUAUUCAAAUGUUCAUCAAAUUUUGCCUGUUGCACAACAACCACCUGUAAAUAUACUAAAUGAUAAGGAUGAUAUUAGCAGGCUGCAGCAUGUGCCUCAUUUUGUUCCUAUUGGCCAGACUGCUCCACUUUAUGCUCCUUAUGUUACCGACGUGAAUCCAAUUGGACCAAGACCACCUAUACCUUCGCAAGGUCCCAUGCCGGUAAUGCCUGCAAGAAAUGGCAUUAUGAACAUGAGCUCUUUGCUGAAUUCAGGUACUGGCUCACUUCUUCAACACACUUCACCUCCUCCUCCACCUCAGCAGCAGUCUAACUUACAACUCCCGCCACUAAACGCGCAUUAUCCGAUACAGCACAUAAAACCUCAAUUUCCACCUACAAUUAGGGGACCAAGUAUUAUGAAUUUGCUGAACAGUGAAGAUGCUCAGCCAAACAAUAAAUUUGAAAGUAUCACUCCCGAUAUCCGUCAACCUGACUGUACUACUCGCACCACUCCAUUCAAGCCGAAUAUUAGUAACAUUAUGAACUCACCUGGGAAGAUGGGUAUUCAUGACCCUGAUAAUUCAGUUUCGGUUUAUCACCAUUCUCGACAAUCUCAGCCAUCUCAGCUACCUCAGCAACCUCAGCAACUUCAGCAACUUCAGCAACCUCAAGGGCAGCGAUCCCAGCAAGGUCAAGAAAGCCUUUCACAGUCUGCUUUUAUGGGUGGUACAAGUGCUCUUGAUGCACUUGCUCGCAUUGCCUUCGAAAGAAAAUGACAACGCUUUAUUACAUGUAUAUUUCAUCAUUAACGACUGUAUAUUUAACGCUUUUAGGAUUUACUAUCCCACGAAAAACAAAGCCAACGUAGUUGAAGGGCUAAUGACGC